CUCUCUUAACUGAGGGAGUGGAUAAGGAAACCAAUCUAAAUUUCUCUGCAUCAACAAUGUCAAUCUCUUCUCUCUCCGCAACCAUCCCCACCACCUCCAAGCGCUUCUCCUCCUCCGCCUCCUCCUCCUCCCCCUCCUCCUCCUUCCUCCUCCGCCUCCCCUUGAAGCGCUUCUCCUCCCUCUCUCUCAAUGCCUCCCCCUCCAAACCCCCCACCAUCUCCGCCUCAAUGGAGGCCGGAAUCGGCCUCAUGGCCACCAAAUUAGGCAUGAUGUCCUACUUCGACACCACCGGCCAAGUCAUCCCCGUCACCAUCGUCGGCUUCCGCGAGGGCAACAUUGUCACUCAGGUCAAGACCAAGGCCACCGACGGCUACGACGCCGUCCAAGUCGGUUACCGCAGGAUUCGCGACCGGAAACUCACUAAACCGGAGCUCGGCCACUUGGAGAAGUCCGGAAUCAUUCCGCUCCGCCACUUGCAGGAGUUCCGGCUGCAGUCCGUCGAAGGCUUCGAGCCUAAUCAGCGCCUGGCGUUGGAGGAGCUUUUUAAGGAAGGCGAUUUAGUCGACGUUUCCGGAACCACCAUUGGAAAGGGGUUCCAAGGUGGAAUCAAGAGACACAAUUUCAAGAGAGGGCUUAUGACUCACGGGUCCAAGAGCCAUAGGCAACUCGGCUCCAUUGGUGCCGGAACUACUCCAGGACGUGUCUACCCGGGCAAGAAAAUGCCCGGGAGAAUGGGAGGCACCAAGACGAAGAUCAGAAAGCUCAAGGUUAUCAAGAUUGACAACGAACUCAAUGUCGUGAUGAUCAAAGGUGCCGUUCCUGGUAAACCAGGCAACCUGCUCCGCAUCACACCGGCCAAAAUCGUGGGAAAGAAUAUCCCCCAAAAGUAGCCUCACUCUGUAAUCUAUGAUGUUCAGUAAGUAGCUUUUGAAAUUCUUGUUUGAAUUGAGCCUAGUUUGUCAUUGCCGUUUGAAAACAUUUUUGAGGCUACAGGAAUGGAAAUUUUCUGCAAUA